AUGUGUGGGAUCUUUUGUUUGUUGAGUCUGUCUCCCACUCAGUUUGAGUGGGACAAAACAGUUUGUGAACAUUUGAAGAGAAGGGGGCCCAACUGGAGCCAGGAUGUUACCGUUAGAGGCACAAGUCCCUUCUAUCAAUGUUUAUUCUCUGCUCACGUUCUUCACAUGAGAGGUCUUCUUACCCCUCAGCCAGUUCAAGACAACCCUGGAAAUGUCCUGGUGUGGAACGGGGAGAUUUUUGGAGGUAUCCCGGUGAGGCCAGAGGAAAAUGACACUGCUGUUGUCUCUGAGCGGCUAUCAUCCUGCAGUAGCCCUUCAGAGAUUCUGUCCGUCCUGUCCGCUAUUCGGGGACCGUGGGGGUUUGUUUACUACCAAAAGGCUGGAGACUACCUCUGGUUUGGCAGAGACUUCUUUGGUAGGCGGAGUUUGCUGUGGAAAGUUGACGCAGAGGUCAACGCAUUGACCUUGACUUCUGUGGCAGCCCACAGUACUGGAUCUGAUCAGUCUGCUUGGCAAGAAGUCCCAGCAGUUGGUGUUUACAGGAUUGACUUGAAGGCAGCGACAGAAGCUGGCUCUGUGACGUUUGAGCUUUAUCCUUGGGCUCAUGGAGGAAAUAAUCUUGUCUCGAGCUGCAGUGAAACUGUAUUGGAGUCUGUCCCAAGCGGCUGCACUGCUGUGAUGAACCAGUCGGGCCUCGUACUCGCCUCACCUGUGUGCCCUCUUAAUACAUCCAUCCCGAAGUCAUUAAAUGAGAAAGAAAUUCACCCAAACUCCCAUUCACGUGUUAAGGACCUGGAGCAGCUGCUUGCAAGCAAAGGGAAAAACGAUGAGGUGAACAGUCUCAUUGAUGUUCUCAGUGAGGCAGUAAGGCGACGUGUUCAGUCUCUGCCUUUCAGGGAUCAAGACAGUUCCACUCCUACUGAUGACCAUGCUAGUGUUGCUAUACUUUUUUCAGGAGGUAUCGAUUCAAUGAUCCUGGCUGCCCUAGCUGACCGUCACAUACCUGCUCAUCAGCCAAUAGACCUUCUCAAUGUAGCGUUUAAACUACAGGAGCCAAAGAAGCAGAAAGAGUCUGCAAAGAAACCCAAAAAGCCCAAAAGUAAGGCCACGGAUUUUAAGACAGAUGGCGCUGAUUCCCAAACAUCCAGCCCCUUUGAUGUUCCAGACAGAAUUACUGGAAAAGCCGGCCUCAAGGAAUUACAAGACUUGAAUUCUCAAAGAAGAUGGAAUUUUGUUGAAAUCAACGUAACGCAGGAGGAGCUGCAGAAAAUGCGCCAGGAGCGCAUUUGUCAUCUGGUGCAUCCACUGGAUACGGUGCUCGAUGACAGCAUUGGAUGUGCUGUGUGGUUCGCGGCAAGAGGGAGGGGCUUCAUCACGGUGGACAAUGACCAGAGGCCCUACACAUCGACAGCAAAGGUCAUUUUGACCGGAAUCGGAGCAGAUGAGCAGCUAGCAGGUUACUCCAGGCACAGAGUCCGAUUCACUUUGUCGGGGCACGAGGGACUGAUCCAGGAACUGGGCAUGGAGCUGGGCAGGAUCUCCUCCAGGAAUUUGGGCAGAGAUGACAGAGUGAUAGGGGAUCAUGGGAAAGAGGCUAGAUUUCCCUACUUGGAUGAGGACGUGGUGAGCUACUUGAAUUCUCUGCCUGUGUGGGAGAAAGCAGAUCUGUCCCUUCCUCGAGGCGUCGGGGAGAAACUCCUCCUGAGACUGACAGCGAAGCAGCUGGGCCUCGGCCAAUCAGCCGUCCUGCCCAAGAGAGCCAUGCAGUUUGGCUCCCGCAUCGCAAAGAUGGAGGACAAACGUGAAAAGGCCUCCGACAAAUGCACAAGACUCCUCACUGGGUAGACAAAUCCAGAUUGUAAUGAAAAGAAUAUAAAAAUCUUUUUAAUAGAACAUUCAUUAUAAAAUUACAUUCAACUAAUAUUCAAAGGCAUAUUUACAAUUUAAAUCUUGAUUUUAAUGUUACAUACAGAUUCUUAGGGAUUUAGAUUAGUUUUUGUACUCGUCUUUGAUCAUAAUAAUAAAUAUGGUGUUUCCUGUGUUCUCUA